AUUUUCCUAAAUUAUAUACCUCACCGAAGCUAUAGCUUGUAAAGCUUAGAAAUCCAACGAUUUAGUGUGUUAACUUAAUGUACAGUAAAAGGAGUUGCAUACUUGUAGGCGCAAGAUGCGCACAACUGCCAACUCCCGUGCGAGGUUAUGUUUAUAUGUUUGUAAACUCGGAUAAUGGAGUUUGACAAAACAUGCUGCGUUUGUUUGUUGGUUCGAGAAGACUUGUCCAACAUAUACGAAAAUGACGGCCACACCACCACCUACUACGAUAAACUCAGAAGUUUCAUACCUGACCUGGGCUGGUCCAAAAAGUUCAACAUAUGCAUUGACUGCAUAAGAGACUUGAACGUGUCCUACGACUUUGUUAAAAAAUGUACCGAGUCUGAGCUGACGAGGAAAGACAACUUACCACUGAGCGAAACAUUUGAUGUUGACACACCUAAAAUCCAAUCAGGUGAGGACCCUAAGCCGGAGCCCGAUAGCUUAACUUGUGAGGAGUGUGGCAAAAAGUUUAAGCUACAAAAAUGGCUAAAGUCGCACGUAACAAAAAUGCACAAAAAACAAAAACUCCCCGAACAACCACUGGAACAAACAAAGUCGGAGCCCGAAAAGCUGGAACCACCUGACGAUCUGACUGACGUAUUUAAAGACCUAGACUUCGACACUGCCGACAAUGACGACUCCGACUUCGAAGCCGAGCCGGAGCCAGUCAAAAAGGAACGUAAACCCCGAGCCAAGGUGGAGAAGCAGAAAAAAGUGCGCACCAAAGUAAAACUGCCGGUCAAAUGCGAGUACUGCGGCAAAGACUUCAACCGCAAGCAACACCUGUUGGCCCACAUCAGGUGCAUCCACACCUUCGAGAAGCCCUACGAAUGCGACCAGUGCGACGCCAAGUUCUCCCUGUCGCACAGCCUGUUGGUGCACAAACGGCGUCACAACGACGACAGACGUUACGUGUGUACGUACUGCGGGAAAAAGUUUUUGUGCUCCACCGACUUGCUGCACCACAACAAAAUCCACCUGAACAAGCGUGAGUACAAGUGCGAGCCCUGCAAUAAAAGUUUCAACACUAUAUCGGUGCUGCAAAUCCACAAAAAGUGCGUACACACGGACCCCGAGUUUUGGAAGCACAUCUGCAGCUACUGCGACCGACGUUUCCCCAUUAAAAGCAGCCUGACUGCUCACCUCCGUAGGCACACUGGGGAGAAGAACUUUUCGUGCAACAUCUGCGGCAAGAGCUUUUACGACAAGAAAAUGGUGGAGAACCACUACAGGAGCCACACCGAUGAACGGCUGUUCAAGUGCCACUUGUGCGAAAAAGACUACAAGGACCGAGGUGGGUUAAACUUGCACCUGAAGAAGGUGCACGACGUUGGGAACGCCACAAUACCGCCUCCGCCGCCCAAGAAGUUCGGCUGCUACAUGUGCCCCAAGGCGUUCUCCAGUAGAGGGAAACUGCAGAAGCACAUAUGCACCCACACGGGGGAGAAAAUGUUCGACUGUCACCUGUGCGAUAAGAAGUUCAACGACAGCUGGUACAAAAAGGUCCACAUGCAGCGCAAGCACAACCUCACCCCUGCCGAAUUGGAGCGCAAGAACGACGCGCCCUCAGUUUAUCCCGUGAUAGUCAACGUCUUUUCCUCGCCGCCCCAAAACCAGAUGCAGAAUCAGCACCUACAACCCGUGCAAGGGCAGGUUUUGACCCAAGCCCCCGUUUUAAGUCCCCUGCAGAACGUGGCCAUGCCCGGCAAUCACGGAAUGGUCCAGGGGAAUCCCUCACCUUACAACACAAAUGUUGAUUCGUUUGUCAAACAGGAACUUUCCAUGUGAACUUUAGUUCAAUACUCGUUGUGCAUUUUAUGAUUAGGUUCAGUCCGAAUAAUUGUAGCUUUGCUUUAAAUAUUGUAUAAACACACCAAUACUGUACAUACGUUUCUAUUAUGAUUAAGGAUUAAUUAACUGUGUACAUACGAUUUUAAUCUAUAAUUUAGAGACUAAUUUUACACGAUUUUAAUUGACAUGCAGAUGAAUAAAUAUUUUUUACAUAA